AUGUUUAAGAAUCUUUUACUCACAGUAUUGUUCCUUUUACUGCUUGUUAAUGGUGUCAUUUCUCAAAAUACGGUAGUAGGAAAAGCAUUUGAUCGCAUUGCUAUCUUUGUUUUUGAGAAUAACGAUUAUAAUAUUGUCAUUAACGAUCCCAACUUUGCAGACUUUGCCAAGAAAGGUUUGCUGCUCACCAACUACCAUGCUGUAACUCACCCAUCACAACCAAACUAUAUAGCAAUGAUUGCUGGAGAUGUCCUCAAUGUUGUCGAUGAUAACAAUAUUGACCUGCUUGAUAAAAAUAUUGUUGACCUUUUGGAAGUUAAAAACAUCUCGUGGAAAUCAUAUCAAGAGAAUUAUCCAGGUGGUUGCUUCCUUGGUGAGACCAAUGGGGUACUUCACCAAUAUACACGAUCGCAUAAUCCAUUCAUAUCAUUUCUUAGUAUUUCCAAAAAUCCAGAUCUAUGUGCCAAAAUUGUCAGUUCUGACCAACUUAAUAAGGAUAUUGAUGCAGGAACCUUGCCACAAUAUAUCUUUUACUCCCCCAACUAUGAUGAUGAUGGUCAUGACACUAAUGUUACUUUUGCUGGAAUCUAUGCAGCUAAUCUGAUUAGCCCACUUCUUGCAGAUCCACGUUUCAUUACCAACACCUUGGUAGUGAUAACCUAUGAUGAAUCCACAAAAGAAAAUCCAACAAAUCUCAUAUAUACUGCAUUGCUUGGACCCGCAGUUGAAGGAAAGGCUGGACAGUUGGAUGACACUUACUACACACAUUACUCUCUCCUUAAGACUUGUGAAUUAAAUUGGAAUUUGGACUCAUUGGGAAAAAACGAUACUACAGCAGAGGCAUACAAGAUCUUUAGUGUGUAA